AUGCUCUGUGACCUUUGGGUUGACUCACAAGUGACCUCAAGCGCGCCCGUCUCACCCCCUCCCCUCCAUGCAGCCUGUUCUUCGACCCGCAUCGCCACAUGCUCCUUUCUCUGUGCUCGUCUGUCCGGCCACCAUCAGGUGCGAGUCAUUGGCGACACGCGAGCCAGCUUCCAGGAGGACCCUGCGCGGUGUGUGAGGGCCAUUCGCCUGGCAGCGCGCCUGGGCUUCCGUCUGAGCACAGGGGUGACUCGGGCUCUCAAGGCGCCCUCCACCCUGCCCGCUGUCGCCACUCUACCUCAGUCUCGUAUGCAAAUGGAGCUGGUGCAGAUGAUGUCUCACGGCGCAUCUGAGCCAUCCAUUCGCUUGCUCUGGCAGUUCAACCUGCUCCCUCUGCUGCUGCCGUUACAG